GCGUUCAGUUAGUGGACGGUGAUCUGCAACGUGAAGUGAACCCUGCAAAAGGUCCUAAAGUAGCCCUAAGCCUAAGCAAGAGAAACCUUGUGAUUUUGCCUUCUUUCACAACUAGAGCUCGUCUACUAAUACAACGACAGUUUAGCUUGACUAUUCUCCUUUCCACCCAAGGGGUGCUGUGAGCUUAGGGGUGCCUUCCUCCCCGAGGUCUCUGCAGUUUCGAUGGCAGGCGUCCACAAGCAGUGCAUGACGCGUUUGCAAAAAGAGUACAAAAGCUUGCUUAAGGACCCCGUGCCCAACAUCACAGCUCACCCGUCACCUUCAAACCUGCUUGAAUGGCACUUUGUGCUUGAGGGCGCCAAGGGCACAGAAUACGAGGGUGGAGUGUACCAUGGGAAGCUUGUUUUCCCACCCGAGUACCCCUUCAAGCCGCCUUCCAUUUCCCUUUUCACGCCUAACGGCCGCUUCGCGACGAACACCAAGUUGUGCCUUAGCAUGACGGACUACCAUCCUGAGAGCUGGAAUCCGAUGUGGUCCGUGGGCACCAUUCUGACUGGACUGCUCAGCUUCAUGUACGAUACCCAGGCCACAACCGGCAGCAUCACAACCUCAAAGCAGGACAAGGAGCGGAUGGCCCGGGAGUCCUUGCAGUUUAACGUGAAAAACCCAACUUUUCGAAAGCUGUUUCCAAGCUGGGUGGAGGAAUUGUCGCAUCGUACGGCAGCCGCGUCUCAACCGGCUGCACCCGUUGUCCCGCUGGACCCAGCAUCCGGAACAGGGCCGGAGCGCCCAAAGUCGGAUCAGGACGCAGAACAAUCACAAACGCAGGCACAGGGCGAAGCCCCGAGUCCAGCAACCGAGGCACCCGCGGUGCAGCGGCAACAGCCUCAACCGGGCCAUCACCAUCACCAGCCCUUCGGCAAUACCAUUGUCACAUUGGCUAUCGUGGUCGCUGUGCUGGCAGCUGUAUGGGUGAGCUCGAGCAGUCCCGGCAGGGACAUGCUCCGGUCUUGGGCGUCGUGGCCUGGGGCAGGCCGCAGUAGCAGCUGAUAUGAUAUGAUAUAUAUAUAUAUAAAACUUGGCUGCGGGACCGGACAGACGCAGGUUGCGAUGGCAUGCAGCAGCGGUGCCUCAGAAUUUGUAGCAAUCUAGCUGAUGGGACCCUGCAUCGUGCCAUGCAAAGGUAUGGGCUUGUAGCAUCUUUUCGGUGUGGAUGCUGCCGGGUUCUGUCAAGGAUGCGGUCAGAAUGGUAGAUGACGAGCAAGCAAGUCCUGCGUGCUCCAGGAGUUGGGAAGAUGCGCCUCACUACAUAACCGACGAUUGGGGGAAGUGUAUUAGACCUUCGCUGUCCUGGUGGUAUUGCAUGUAUGAUUUAUGUGAAACGCCCUUUCCAUUUGCAAUUUUUGUUCACCAUACCGAGCCGACGGACGGUCCAUAUUGUUCGUGACCGGCCCGCGGGCCGAGGCUGUGUACGGUAGCGCAAGGUCGUGGACAUCAUUUGGCUUUCAUUAAGUAGGCGUGCAGUUUAUUAAGAAUUCCGAGAAGGGAAUGCAGCGGCGCCAGCUCGACUGGCACUAGGUGUUGGCCAGCUUUUCAGAGAGGGGAGCAGAUGUGAUAUGUUUCGGGAUGUGACAUAGUAUCUGUACUUAUGCCUGGGACUCUGGAAUAUAUCAGGCAUGCCUUAACGCCUACAAUAUACAACGCUAAAUUUAAUUCCGCGGCAUGUGUGUAACCGUGCCAUCAAC